AUCCUGGUUGAGGUAGUGCCUGCAUUCAGGUGAGGUGAGACGGGAGACAGAACAGCCUGGAAACUGGAGUCCAUACCUGUUCAACAUCCUGUCAAACUUAACAUCCCACGGGAGUCUGUUCAGUGAUCCGCCCGAGCCCCGAGCCCUCCGCCUCCGGGAUGCUGAGAUGAGAGCCCGCCGUCUGCCUGGAGAAGUAUAACAAGAUACCUCGCUGCUGCCUCCUGGCGACUCUCCUUCUCUGAACAAUACGGAGUGGACGAGUGCUACAGCAACCUUACUCACCAUGGCAGAAACACAGUCCCCGCCGACAGUGCCAGCGAGCACGAGACCGAAGCCAUUGCAUCUUUCCAGAUCGUUCUCACGCAUGGCAGACCGAAUGGCCGAGCGGCAAGCUGAGUCGCCCGGCUCACCUUCUAGGAAAAGAGCAAGCACAUUACAGGAGGCUGGUAUACCUGCUGUACCUGAAGCGAGACACAUAGCGAGUUCCCAGGAGCUCGACGGACAGCGGUCAAUGGCAGACGUGUUUGAAAGCCACGAGGAGGGGGAGCAUCACCAAGAGCAGAUAGAGGGUGCGAGUACGCCGGGACUCAAUGUGCCGAGCACCAUGGACGAGCUUCCGAUUGAGAUAAGAACGCUUUGUGCUCGCUUCCUGGAGAGCCUGUCAGCAAAGGUGCACCCCACGCCGCUCAAUGCAGAUCAGCUGUCAGAUCUAUUUCAAGACUUCUACGAGCGUGCAGCAAAUCAUAUAGCUACACAUAUUGCAACUCUUGCAGCACGAAUAGGCCGACCGACACCACAAGCACAGACAAGAACGGGCAAGGGAAGACAGCGAUCCGGGUCAGGGGCGAAGAAGGGCUUGAACGAUGAUGCAGCAGGUCAUGCAGAGAUGCUCACAGCAACAGAGGUCGCAGAGAGAAAGAAGGCCAGAAAGCUGCUGGAGCACAAGCGGAUUGCGUUACAAGAGGCGGUUGAGCGUGCAGUCUGCGAGAAGAUUUAUGACAAGAUCUGGAAGCACCGGAGCACGGAUGACGAGGCUAGAGAUGACAAGCUGCGUUCAAGGACACAGGCACUAUCGCUGGUUGGAAUCGGACUGAAAGAACUACAUGCGGACAAGCCAGAUGUACGGCAGCUUGCAGAAGAACGAGAAGAUGAGAUCAAUCUGUCAUUGGCACCAGCACGCGAGGCCUUGCACCGAAUGGAUGAUGACCACUAUCCACUCGGAAAGCUACAUCAGCUUACAGCUGCUCACCAAGCGAUUGUCGAAACUCUUUCGCAGAUCUUCCCAUCCUCUUCAUCAGCUGACGAAAUCUUGCCCACCUUGAUUUACACCCUGAUCACAUGUCCGCCAGAUGGGAUCAACGUAGUCAGCAAUCUUGCAUUCAUACAGCGAUUCAGGAUGUCGAGCAAAGUUGACGGCGAAGCAGCGUACUGCUUAGUGAACCUUGAAGCAGCGAUCUCCUUUCUUGAGACCGUCGAUCUCUCGUCGCUACGCGCAGAUGAGCUGCCACAGGGACCAGACGCGAAGGCUCCAUCUUCCUCGAGCCGUUCCUCAACACCCAGACUUGAAGGUCCUACGUCAAUCGUACAACCUAAGAACUCCCAUCUCUUGACGCCCGACUUGUCGACGGCGACGGCGACUCCUGAGAUGAUUACCGGCUCAGCCAGUGCAGAGAAAACUCCGCCAUCCCCUGGUCCAGUCGGACCUAUACCCGUCAGACCACAGAUGCACCAGCGACGCAUUUCAUCUAUGAUUGCGAAUACCAGUGCUCGCGUGGAUACGGGCCGGCAAGACUUUCUGAACGCUGCUGAUAAGCUAUACGAAUCUGUUAAUGGCACACUUGACAACAGCAUGCAGUUCCUCUUCGGCCGUUUCAAAGAGCAAGUUGCUGACUCAAGGUCGUCUCUACCUAAGACAUUGGAAGAAGCGCGACGUCUGGUCUCAUCACCAGUCAUAGGCACCGAGGACGAUGAUUCACUCCAUCUCUCUGGACAUAGUAGUCCGGUCCCUGCCGAUCCUCUAUCUGCAGGUGGAAGUUUACUCGAGCCGAACAAGAUGCUGGAGUUCCUAGGAGGCAAAAAGAACGUACGCGACAGAAGUGCAGACAGCGCGAGAUCUGGAGGCAGUGGAAGACGGGCUGUAACAUUCGACAGCAAGACUAUGGCUGCGAAAGAGAGAUCUACGCCGCAACAACAUACGACCCCGUCUGGCUUGUUUAACUCCAUCAAUCCCCUGAACAAGUUUGGCAUGCCUGCUUUCGUGCCGCGAUUCGGUCGUGUUAGCACUGUCGCCAAUACUGUGCCGCCGGGGCAACUUGAUACGAAGCCACCGGCAGUACCCGCAGGUGCCACCGCAGCUCAAGGACGUAUGAAUGAAAUCGUAGAGUCACCUGUCAGUAUUCGUCAAAGCCCGGAUGGCCUUGCAGUAACGCCGUCUGCAUUGGAGAGGACUCGUAGCAAGGACUCUGUCGCCGGAGUUGAGGAAAGCGACGAAAUGAAUGCGAGGGAGUCUUUGGCAGAGCUGAGAAAUUUGAAGCCACCCAAGAAGCGAUUCUUGGAAAUUGAGAGUGCAAAUCAGCUCAAGUUAGGAGAGGUGGAGGAACUAUUGUUGGAAUAUCGACGACUGGCGAAAGCCAUUGGGGAGGCAAUAGCACAUUGAGUCUUGUCUCGUGACUUGACAUGGCGUAUGAUCAGUACCUACAGUAUUACAUUUAGACCCUGU